GCUCAACAUCUCCAUCCUAGCACCAAUGGUGGAGAAGGUCUCUUGGCACUGCUGCUACGGUUUAAAUCUUGAUGGGUCUGAUCUUUGGCAACUCGAGAGAAUUAGGUUGCAGAAAGAUGAGAGGGAGGGACAUGAGACGGAGCUUGCUUUCCUGCGAAUCCAUGCCUAUGUUAACUUUCUCCCCUACGUAGACAACUUUGCGCACCAGAUAGAGAAUCAUAUAAUUGCCGACUUCUCUGUUUUGGAGCUAAAUCUCACGACAAAGGGGCAUGCUUAUGGAGCAUUUGUGAUGCAUAUCCUAGGGUUAAGUCAGAUUCGUGGCACUACACAGCGACUGAAGGUUUCCUUAACGAGAUCAAGGGAGAAAGAAGCAUGCUUAAAUAAUUGCCCUUGUGAGCCUGUGAACUGGAGAAACCAAGUUAUCACAUUGAUUUCUCUUGAAGAAGUGGAAAUCAAUGGCUUCCAAGGGGAGGACCAUGCACUUGAUUUUCUGAAGUUGAUAUUCAAAUCUGUGCCAAUACUCAAAAGAAUGAUUGUGAAGCUGUCAGGUGAGGUCUCAACAAGCAACGAUAGAUGCAACAAAAUAUACGAUAUAUUCAAGGUGUAUUCUUCUGUGGAUUGCUACAUUUAUCAUAGCUCGGGAAUAAUGAACCAAAACCAAAUAUGUAUGCCUAUGUGAUCUUCAUCAUUACGUUUGCAGAUUCUGCAUUCUCAUGGACAAGAUCAUCCUCUCCCAUGCUGGCCAACUCCAUGUACUAAAUGAUUUCAAAAAUCUAUACGAUGGUUUUUUGCAUUUUUGAAUCGAGGUUUUGUUUUGGCAGUGCAGCUAUAGACUGGGAACACUCUUAGUUAUACUCACUUGCUGAAGUGAUAAAAUUAUUUUUCUCAACCUAUG